AAGAUGGAACAGACAAGCGCCAGGUUGAGGAAAACCUUUCGAUACCCUACAGACGAUGACUCUGAUGAUGGUCUCCCCGAAGCCUUGGAUGAAGAAGAACAAGAGACCCUGAUCCGCACCCUUCACCUCGAGAACACACUUCGGAAUACCCAGUAUGCACGCCUGCUCCUCGCCCUCCCGCUGCUCAGCAUAGUCCCCUACAUCCCUACCCUGCUCGCCACACGCACCUCCUUCCUCUCCCUCCUCAGCAUCUCCUCCUUACUCUCAACCGCCUACCUCUUAUAUAUCCUGCCCCCUGGACGGACCUCCAUUCCUCUCCUCGACAGCUUGAAUGCACCGGCCGCGAGAUCUCCCUCUCGAUCCGUGCACGAGGCCCGGGAUGAUGGGGGACAGGGACCCAUUGAGCGCUACCUACCGUCUUUGAAUCUGGUGCUCAGUGCCGUUCUGGGCAUCCUGGGGUUGGUGUCUAGGGGUAAGGAGUUGGCUUGGUGGGGGUUCGGAUGGUUGCCGGCGGCCGUCUAUGCUGUUGUUCUGCUGGCGAAGGUGGUUAUGGGCAGCGUCGAUCCGGAGGCCGAGUUGGGGUCUCUGAGAUAUGAGUUCAAGGGGGCCUAGGCUUGCUUCUGUCUUUUAUGCUUGUUGAUUUUAGAGAGCAUGGGAAAGCCCUGUAGGAAUAUCACGAUCUACAUUGAUGAACAGACACAAUAGGAGAUAGCCAUGAGAACCACUGUCC